AUGGAUUCUGAUCUUGGUAACCAGCUCACGAGCUCCUACGACGAUCUGCAGUGCUCAUUCUCUAUAUCCAACCUCUUCGUUGCUGAGGCCGAUCAAAUAACAUCUGCCGUCGGAGCUAUUGACCUUCGCGCUAGGCGAGAGGCCGUCGCUCUAGUUCUUAAGGCGCAGUCCGAUUGCAAUUUGAAACCCUCCAUCGCUUACCUUGCAGUAAACUACAUUGAUCGUUACCUCUCCAAACGCGAAAUCCCGAGCGACAAGCCGUGGAUUGUUCGUCUCCUCACUGUCUCCUGCCUCUCCCUGGCGUCGAAGAUGCAGAUGACUGUCAUGACACUUGAAGAUAUUCAGAGAAAUGAAGGAUUUGUAUUCAAUUUGCACACGAUCCAAAGAAUGGAGCUUCUGGUGCUCGGGGCGCUAGACUGGAGGAUGCGAUCGAUCACCCCAUUCUCCUUCCUUCCGUUCUUCCUCUCAUUCUUCUCGGAGGUCCAGGCUUCUUUCCUCCAAGCUCUUCAAGCCCAUGCCGCUGACAUCCUCCUUAAAGCACUAAAUGAUGUUAAAAUGCUGGAGUUCAAACCAUCGGUGAUGGCCGCGUCUGCGCUGGUCUCUGCUACGUACGAGUUCUUACCUGUUCAAUCUUCGUCCUUCCGCGUAGCUCUCGCCUCCAGCAAAUGCGUGGAUAAAGUAAUUCGGUCACCAUUUAGCUCCAAUUUUUCAUCAUUUAUAGAUAAAGAAAGAGCUUAA